AUGUUGCACCGAUCAAGAUGACUCCCUCUCCCUGGAGAGCUCCAAGGUGCUCCCAUUUGCUAUGAAGACUUCCUCUCACUAGUUCCCUCCCUACUUCAUCUCUUCAACCCAGCAAGAGCACAACUUGCUUCUUCCUUUCCUUCCAAUCUCCAUGGAUGGUAUUGGGAAGCUCAAGGUGGAAGAAGGGGUUUCAAGCAAGAAGAUUGGUAACUCGACAAGAAUUUGGUUAUAAAUCAUGGAUGGGGUCGAGACAGUUGGGCUCGUUUGAUUGAUCCAUCUAAUCUGUAGGUGGAGAUGGUAGGCCGGGCUGAAGCUCGUCGAGUAAAAGGAAGGCUAACCACUGGGCCUGAUCCAUAGAAAUUCAGCAUAAGAAGCCAGUCAGUACUUGUCGUCGUGAGAUAGCCAGAUAGCACUCGCAAACCCUAGAUCGGAGCUUCACUUGGUCGGCGGCGGCUUCGUGUUCUUCAUGGCAGAGGCGGAGGCGGAGGCGGAGGCGGAGGCGAAGGCGAAGGCCAUGAGGGAGCACUUGGGCUUGAUCCGGGAGCAUAUCCGGCUCCUCUCCGUGGUGAAGGAUGUGGAUCUCUCAGGCAUGAGCGAGACUGAGCGAGCGGCAGAGGCGGAGGCGCAGACGAAGGCGAAGGAGGAACGCUUGGGCUUGAUCCGGGACUAUAUCCAGCUCCGUUCUGUGAUGAAGGAUGAGGAUUUCUCAGGCAUGAGCGAGGCCGAGCGUGCGGCGGAGGCGGAGAGGCGGAGGCAAGAAAAGCUGCAGGAGGCGCGCCGUCUUCAGAUGGAGGGCAACCCCCUCGGUCGGCGGCGGGAAGCGGAGGCUCGCAUUCUCGACUUCGAUCCCAAGCAGCGGGGCGUCUACUACAACCGAUUAUACUUCGUCGACCUCACAACAUUCGACCACGACGAGGAGUCACCCCUUGGUCCGAUGGCAUUUACUGAUGCAGUCUACAAAAAUAAGGGAGAUUACGAGCUUUGUGAGGCAGUAAACAUCUUUUCCGUCAAGAUAGCCUCCUCGGAUGUUGGCUUCCCAAUCCAUGUGUAUGGCACUGUCAUUGCCAGAGACAGCAUUGACGAAAAGUGUCUUUACCUCUUCCACCGCAAUAGAGACCAUUGCCAACUCAUCAACUCUGAGGAUGAAUCAUUGAUCUUGACUGGCCCAAAACGAGGUCUCGCAUUAUUAACUGACAAUUAUGUUGAGACUGAUCUGAAGAUCAAGGAUCAUCGAGGGCAGGACAGAGAACUUAGUAAAGGAAUCUUAACGAUCAGGGGCAUAGCAGGUCGAUCAUUGAAGAAAUGCGAGGUUGAAAGCAAAUCUCUUGCUACCAGGCUCAGUACUGUGGAUGUGAUGUAUGCAGUUGUGAAACGUGCAGUGGAGGCAACUAUUGGAAUUGAAGUUCUACAGGGAGAUUUUUAUGGAAAAAUCGCUGCCCACACCACCAGCAUCCAGAACAGCCUUGUGCUUUAUGAUAGCGAAGUGGCUGGUGCCAUGACUGGUGAUCGUAAUGAAGUUAUCCAACUUAUGCGACCUGUUGUAUCUGUUUAUGUGAAGGAUAUGCUGAUAAUUGUUGCCCAGCCUGGUGAUGGUAAAUCUGAAUGCACCAUUCAAUUUACUCCAAAGGUCAACAGCAGAGAUGAAGAUGAACUUACUGUUGGUGUCACUAAGCUGCGCUUCAAGGUUGCUUGGUCGAUAAUGGACCCCUGACUGAGAUUUUGGAUCGGCUCGUUGUUAAGCUUCAUUGGCAUGAUCUGUAACCACAUCUGACUCAGUAAUGUUGCGGUUACCAUUAAGUUAUGGGGACUCUGUUGGAUACUAGCUAAGUAAUAGUGUGUGUAACUACUAUUUGUCGUGUUGGGCUUGUUAUGAACUACUGACUAACGUGCUAGGCUUGUUAUGUAGUAAUGAUGAACGUAUGCAGUA